UGCAGGUGGACACCGGGAGCGAUCUUUUGUGGGUGAAUUGCAUUACUUGCACGAAUUGCCCAAAAAAGAGCAACCUUGGGUUUGCUUUGAAUGAAGAUAGAAUUGACCCUGUAUGAUCCGAGAAGUUCGUCCAGCGGUAGCUCCGUGGCAUGUGAUGAUAGCUUCUGCCAAGCUACGUAUAGCGGGAGCCCCGAUUGCAUUGAUAAUGUGCCGUGUUCGUAUAAAGUGAUGUACGGUGAUGGGAGCUCGAGUGGUGGGGUUUACGUGACUGAUGUUGUGACUUAUAAUCAGGUUUCGGGUAAUCAUCAUACCACACCUGCAAAUGCAAGCAUCACAUUUGGGUGUGGUGCACAGCAGUCGGGGGAUCUCGGUUCUUCAAGUGAAGCACUAGAUGGGAUACUUGGGUUUGGUCAGGCCAAUUCAUCCAUGCUUUCGCAGCUGGCUUCCUCUGGAAAAGUGAGGAAGGAAUUUGCUCACUGCUUAGAUACUGAAAAUGGAGGUGGAAUUUUUGCUAUUGGGCAUGUGGAGCAACCAAAAGUGCAAAUGACACCGCUAGUACCUGAUCAGCCACAUUACAAUGUUAAUAUGAAGUCGAUUGAUGUUGCUGGCGAGUUUCUAGAGCUACCAACUGAUAUAUUUGAAAAUGGAGAAAACAGAGGGACUAUAAUUGAUAGCGGCACAACCUUGGCUUAUCUUCCUGAAGUGGCAUACAAGCCAAUAUUGAAUGCGGUCUUCUCCAAACAUCAAAAUUUGGACUUCUUCACCAUACAGGACUUUAAAUGUUUCAAAUAUUCUGGAAGUGUUGAUGAUGAUUUUCCAAUUGUCACUCUCCAUUUUGAGAAGUCUCUUUCAUUAAAAGUCCAACCCCAUGACUAUUUCUUUGAGAACGAGGAUGAUGUCUGGUGUGUUGGGUGGCAAAAUGGUGGUGUGCAGUCCAGUGAUGGGAAAAACCGGAUCCUUUUGGGGGAUUUGGCCUUAUCAGAUAAGUUAGUUGUUUAUGAUCUGGUGAAUCAGGCUAUAGGAUGGACUGAAUAUAACUGCUCCUCAAGCAUCAAAAUUAAAGAUGACAAGACUGGAGCAGUGUACAGUGUUGAUGCGCACAGUCUUUCCUCUGGAAUCAGAUUAGAGAUUAGUAGGUUUUUCAUAAUAUUGUUGCUACUAAUAUCCAUGAUAUGUUGUUUAAUUCAUUGAAAAAUAUCAGUAAAUGAUUUUCUGUAAAAUGACUAUUUUUCAAAUUUGCUUCAUUCAUUUUUCUUUCAAAGGAGGGUGUAUUUUUAUGUU